AUGAGAAGCCUCCUCAUAGCACUGGAACGUCUCGCUCGCGAUCCCGAAUGCAACUCUAGCAAAACGCACCUGGCCGAAGCUCAGACCAUCCUUCGUCGAGGACAAGCGCUGCGACUACUACGCGAGGACUUCCAGCCGUCUGACUUCUCCUCUCUGGUCAAGGGCAUGCGAGGCUGGUACGCACAAACGAUCGGGGACAUGCUCCUAUGCUACGCUAUCUGGUUCAGUGUAUCGACUUCCAAGAAGUACGCCGCUCUAGCUGAAUACGCACCCGCGUCAUUCUCCGACGUUUUCCGGUGGCUCGAGCUAGUCCAUCCAAGGAAUAACUGUCUCCACCAAGGGUACCCUGACCGGAGUGACGUCUGCUUUCCCCUAUCGCAGUUCUUCGUUUUCACUGAUGAUCUCAUGCGCGGGAUGUAUCCAUACCUAGUCGACCAUCCCCACAGCCUGCGCCUUAUCCUUGACCUGUGGCUGAACCAGAGCAGAUACAUUCGUGUCACUGCGUUCCAGGCUGCGGGGAUGAUGUGUAACUUCGCAAACGCUUCGCUGCAGCUUUUCGAGGAGAUGUCCAAGGCCGAGGGCGGACAAGACUACUUCGUGGGCGAGAUGCUACGCCUUUUCAAGGGACACAGCCGGCGUCGGGUCCUGCGCGCUAUCUGCGAGAACGUGUCUUUUCUCCGAAAACUCAAGCCUAAAGAGGAUGUCUUUAAGGCUUGGGGAAAUCAGUUAGGACUAGCCAGAACGAUCGUAGGAACACCGCAUUUCAGCGGCAUCGUGGCGCCUAAGGUCUUCGUUGACAUGUUGAUCUCCGCUGCGAUUUACGCGACGCAAUUCCCCACAGAGAGACGCAUGCAGCAUACUGCAAACGAAGCUCUGCGGAUGCUCGACACGCUUUGCUGGCAGUCCCCGCAUACUGUGAACCUGUCUCGCGCGAUCAAAGCGGGCGUAUUCUCAUUGCUUGUCGACUAUGCGAAGAUGCGGCGCCUCACCGGCAGCGAGGCCUCUGCCGAUAACGACUUCGUAGUGAAGCUGGCAUCGACGCUCACGCAGGCGACGAUAGUCAGGGCAUUCCACGCGCGCCACAACGAUUUGCUGUCUCCCGAGUCUCCCGAUGCGUUUGUCGAAGAGAAGUUCAGGAGCGUGCUCCGCGCUUACAGGACCCUCUGGCCACAGUUUGCUCUCUUACAGCAGUCAAAAGACUGGAAGCAGAGUAUACCUUGCUCCCUUUCCACGCAUCCCCCGCAUUUCUCUUCUAACCUUCGAUUCUGCCGCUGCGGACAGCGCGCGUACUGUUCGGAGGGAUGUCAGCGCGAGGACUGGCAAGAAUACGGCCAUCAUCGAAGAUGCGACUGGCGCCAAUUUCCCUCGGAUCGCGAUGGCAUUACCGACCCCAAGAACGUCCUCUUUCGCUUGUGGCUUGCGAAGCGUGUGAUAGAGCGGAACAGUGUCGCCAUUGCCAUGGUAAUCAACGCGAGCUGGAGAGAAGCUGAGAAACAGAUAUACUCGUCCGAUCCUUUCGAGCUACCCCAUCCGUUCAUCGUGGUAGACCUGACGGACGUCCCGCCCGAUCAUCGCGCCGCGGACGACUUCGCCUUCCGCUGUGAAGUUAGGGCCGUGGUGGUGGACAAGCUGCCCGAGCUCGUCCACGCUUACGACGACUUUCAUGAUCCGUACGACAUCCACUAUGAUACCUGCGAUGCCGAGCACGACGCUGGCGAUGCCCCACACGACUCUGGCGAGGCCCGCCAUGACUCUGCCGAUGCCCACGACGCCCACCAGGACAUCAACGAUGCCCACCAGGAGCCGAGCCAGCCAGACGCGGCCGACGCCUCUCCGAUUUCCUUUGUCUGCAUGCCGCCUUCAGCGCUGACGCGCGUGAAGUUCCGCGUCGGAGACCACGCCCUGGAGCGUUUCGUGCCGUACAUGUUCGAUUGGGCGUCUUGUCUGGUGGAGACGACGAAGAUGCAGGGUUGCCGAGUAGUGCUGUCGGAGCCUUGCGACGCAUCUGACUGGACCUAUUGA